AACUGUGGUAUUUAUAUAGAUAAAUGUCAUUCAAGAAUUAGAAAACCAUCAAAUCAUUGUAUCUCUGUACUCAGAUUCUUUCAUUGGAUCUAGUUAUGUUGACUCAUGAGGAAGUAAAAGGUCUUUUUAUAGUGAACUGCAUUCUUGUAAAGAAAAACUACCAACUUUAUUUUUGGCAGUUGAAUAAUGUAUGAGGUGGUAUUAAUCAUUCAAAUGGAUUUAACAUGUUUACUUAAAGGAACAUUUUGAGGAUAAAAAGAAAUGUAGUUAAACUGAAGAAAAGUUUAUACAGUAGGGAAUAUUGAAGAUAAAUAGUGUUUGGUUUGGUGCUGAUUUUUUUCAGCUGAAAUAUUAAAAGCUGUUUACAUAUAAUUUAUACCAUGGUCUUUUAAGACUGACUCGCAGAAUCAUAUGUUAGAUAUGAAAUAGGCAUUUAAAAGUUUUGUGACAGACAUAUUUAAAUGGAACAGUGGUAUAUAAAUAUAGGAUUUGAAAUAAUUCUUGUUUGUCAGACUAAACUAUACUUGGGAAUAAUAACAAGACUAAUUUUAAGGUAUUGUAUCAGACUGGUGAAAAAAUAAAAUAAGCAAUGCCGUGGAGGAAAAAGAAGCAGAGGCAGUCAUUUUUCACAGAUCAAGUGAUAAAAGAUUUUUCAGUUACGCACUGUCCCUGCGAGCUGUAUUUUCCGGAGCCCUCAGUGAAACUUGAUGAAUUUGGGGCUAUAAAGGAAGUGUGCCUAUCAGGGGAGACCCUUCAGUGGAGUAAACAUUGUAUUCUGCAUUUGUGUGAGAUACCAGGAAUACCGCCCAGUGCUCAGUUCACAUUGGAAGAUACUGGUCAGGACUGUGAGAUAUGUCUUAGUAAAGUUUUGAAUCGCAGUAAACGGGGAGACUUUAGUUACAAUAUCCGAGACAAACAUUGGCACGAAUACAGUGAUAAAGUGGGUGAAAGUUGGCGGCGAUUUGUUCUUAAGUUUGAUGAGGAGGAUGAGAACAGAUAUCAGCAGUUCGAAGAAAAGAUAAAAAACAUCUUGCAGCUAGUGAAUAGAAUUGAAGAUUCAAAGAGUAAUAAAUUAUACGUUCUUGUUGCCAUACAGACAAAGCAGGAGAAGAGGAAAAGUUCAUCGAGUCUAAACAGAGGUAGCAGACUGUCUCUGUUAGAUUUACGGGAAAUUGAACCUGAAACAAAUCCUUCUCCAGUGACUGAAGAUUCACUAAGUGAAAGUGAGGACUCUCUAGUAAAGGAGGGCAGAGAUAGUCCUGAACAUUUCUCUUUAACACCUCCAUUUGAUCCUGCUCCAUUUAUUCCUGAUGGUGGGCUUUAUCAGGAAAGGAAAGAUUCCUCUGUAAAUUACCCGGCACACGAUUCGGGAGUGCUAAAGAGUAUAACUGACCUCUGUGACAGUCUGCAUAUCCAUCCCAAUGAACUACCACAGACUUUAGGAUCUAUUUUAAAAUCAGCUCGUUUGACUUCUGAUGAAAAAGAGAGAGAUCUAUUGGGAAGUUUAGGCAAAAAGCCAGAUUUUAAAAGUCAGUUGAAUGUUCCAGUGAUUAACCAAUACCAAAAAGAUGAUUCCCCCGAAAGACUUGCAUCAGAGUUUUUGCCUACUGAAGACUUAUAUAUGCCAAUGGGAUUUGCAGCAGUAGACCAACAGAAGACAUACCAGUCAGUCAAGAAAAAGACAAAUAUGGCAGAACAGAGUCAAAGCAAUCCCAGAUUGCACAGGGCUCAGGAAAUAGCGCAGUUAUUGCAGACAGCUAUAAAUAGUAAUGAUGCAAUUCAUGCUCAGGAUUAUGCAAAACAAUUGACUGCUGAAAAUGUGGUUGUUACAAUUGAUGUAAAGUUGCAGACACAUUCUCCAGGAGAGAAGGACAAAGACUUCAAUUUGAAGGUGAAUAUAGAAGACAAGGAAUCAUCUGGCGGUACUAUUACACUGAAGGUGAAAGCCUCGGAUACCAUUAGAGAUCUCAAAAAUAGGAUGUUGAUGAAGCACAUGUUUCCAGUGGAAGUUCAGUAUUGGAUCAUUGGAAAACGGAUACCACAGGACACAGAGACGUUAGAAAGAUGUAAAAUAAAGAACCAUGGUUAUACAGCAUUUUUGUAUCUAAUCUCUGCAAAGGCUGCUGGGAUAAACAAGGAGGAGUUUAUGAGAAGACAGAACAUGCCACAAGCACCAGAUUUUGCCAUUGCUCAGCCACUGAAGACCCCUGCCCCAGCACCUGAGUUGAGUCAAACACCAAGUAGACCAGGGUCUUCAGCUACACCUGGGUCCAGUGCUACAGGCUCUGCCUCCUCUGGCAAACCCAAAAUGGAGCCACGUGUUUUAGCACAAAAUCUAAACAUAAAGAAUGAGAAACCGUCCCCUGAGAAGUUACCGCAGGCAGCAAGAGUAAAAAACGAACUGAACAGAAACCCUGUGAGACAAACUGGUGCUGAGAUUGCACAAGUUUUGAACCAGAUUGGCCCACAGAUAGGAGCAGCCGUUGGACAGUUCGGUGAUACACCGUAUGGCGAGUCUAGACAACGAGUCCCCGUCAUGCAUCCUGAAGAAAAUGAAGAACCUCAGCAAGGAUGGUCAUGUCCAGCAUGUACAUAUAUCAACCAGCCAACACGGCCUGGGUGUGAGCUGUGUGCUAGCGACAGACCGGCUGAUUAUGAAAUACCGCCAGAUUAUGUGAUAACUGAAGAGGAGAAAAAACGCCUGGAAAUGGAGGCAAUUAUUGAAAGACAAACUAGAGAGGCAGAGGAAAGGGAAAGAUUAAUGCAUCGGCAAGAACAACAGCAGAACUUUGCCCACCUACAGGAAACAGAUGCACUAGAUUUGAUUCCAAACACUGAAGUGUUUACAUGCCCUAUCUGCUUCGAUGAUUUUUCUGAGGGACAGGGAGUUGUGUUGAGGGAAUGUUUACAUUCUUUUUGCAAGGAUUGUUUACGAGAUGCGGUACAGUAUAACGAGGAACCAGUAUUAACAUGUCCCUUCGUUGAUGAAGAUUAUGCUUGUGAUGGUAUUGUACAGGAACGAGAAGUUAAGGCGUUAGUCACUGCAGAUGGGUUUGCGAGGUAUCUUGCACGAAGCCUGGCCACAGCUGAGAGUCAGGCUCAGAAUAGCUUCCAUUGUAAGACUGCUGACUGUCCAGGCUGGUGUAUAUACGAGGACCAUGUCAACUUCUUUGUAUGUCAAGUGUGUGGCAAGGAAAAUUGCCUAACGUGUAAAGCUAUACAUCAAGGUAUGAACUGCAAGCAGUAUCAGGAAGAUUUGAAGAGUCGAGCUGUAAAUGACAAGGCGGCAAAUCAAACACAACUCAUGAUUAAACGUAUGCUUGAUGAUGGUGAUGCGAUGAACUGUCCUCAGUGUCGGGUGAUAGUAAUGAAAAAGGAAGGCUGUGAUUGGAUUCAGUGUUCUAUUUGUAAAACUGAGAUUUGCUGGGUGACAAAGGGACCUAGAUGGGGACCCAUGGGAAAUGGAGACAUUAGUGGUGGUUGUAAAUGCCGGGUUAAUGGAGAGGUGUGUCAUCCAGACUGUAACAAUUGUCACUAAUGUAACAUGUUGUGUUGGAACAUACUGCCUACAGGAAUAAUCUUUGUAACAGAUGAACAGAGCCUGCAUUGUGUUGUUUUUGUUUUUCUAGUCUGAAUUAUUGGGAGAGAAAUUGACAACUAUUUGAAUCACUGUCACAUCCACUUCUAGGAAAAAACUUCUGGGAACGAGGUUGUUUUCAAGGAAAAGGGUUAAAAUUUGUUAAUCAUAAUAGAAUACCUUAUGCUAAUAAAAUGCUAGUAGAGAGUAAGUUUGAGUUGUGAUAAUGAUGUUUUUUGAGUUAUAAUUGUUUAUAUCAAGGGAAUAAAAUCCCAGUUUCAUAUCUACAUCUUAAUUUACUGUAGAGUUAGCCAUUACAAUAAUAGCUUCAUAUCCAAUAUUUUCAUGUUUUAUAAAAGUUGGUUUUUUUUUUUUUAUGGAAUUACAUAUAUUUGCUAUAAAUUGUUGAAUGAUUGACAUGACAAAUAUAUUAUUAAUCUAAUAGUAAUUCACUUCGAAUGAUGGGACAGU